AUGUUACGAAUAAAUAAUUCAAAAAAUUUACAAACAAUUUAUAAAAUAAACAAAAAAACAUUUAGAAAUUUUCAUAAAAUACAGUUAAAAAAUACAACAAAUGAUUUAUCAAUAAAAUCAUCAAAAAUAAUAAGAAAUGAUUUUAUAAAUUUUUUUAAAAAUCAUAAUCACAAAUAUGUUCGUUCAAGUAAAGUUGUACCACUUUGUGAUCCAUCAGUGUCAUUUAUAAAUGCAGGAAUGAAUCAAUUUAAAGGAAUAUUUUUAAAUAAUCAUCUUCCACCAGCAAAUAGAGUAACAAAUUCACAAAAAUGUAUUAGAGUUGGUGGUAAACAUAAUGAUUUAAAUGAAGUAGGUCAUGAUUCAUAUCAUCAUACAUUUUUUGAAAUGCUUGGCAAUUGGUCAUUCAAUGAUUACAAAAAAUUUGAAGCUUGUACAUAUGCCUGGAAUUUAUUGACAAAUACAUUUGGUAUUAAUAAAAAUCGUUUGUAUGUAACAUAUUUUAAAGGUGAUGAAUAUCUUAAUUUACAACCAGAUUAUGAAACAAAAGAAAUAUGGAAAAGUAUUGGUGUUAAUGAUGAUAGAAUUAUUCCAUUUGGUCUUAGAGAUAAUUUUUGGGAAAUGGGAUUAUCUGGACCAUGUGGUCCCUGUACUGAAAUUCAUAUUGAUCAUAAUAAUUCAUCAGACAAUCAAGCAUUCAAAGUUAAUCAAGGUCACUCAGAUUUAACUGAACUAUGGAAUAUUGUAUUUAUUGAUCAUCAACGACUCCAAGAUGGCACAAUAACACCACUUGAUACUCAACACAUUGAUACAGGAAUGGGUUUUGAGAGACUUGUUGCAAUACUUCAAAAUAAAAAUUCAAAUUAUGAUACUGAUUUGUUUCAACCACUAUUUGAUGCAAUACAAAAACAAUCAGGUUGUAUAAAUUAUCAGGGUAAAUUUGGUGAGCUUGAUAUUGGUGGUAUUGAUACUGCAUAUAGAAUUGUCAGUGAUCAUGCUAGAAUGAUAACUGUUGCAUUGGCUGAUGGAGUUGUACCAGAAGAAAAUUAUAAAUUAAGAAGAGUCUUAAGAAAAGCUACUAGUAUUGGUAUUGAAAUUUUUCAUUGUGAUAGUUUACUUAAUGAAUUGAGUUAUCAUGUUGCAGAAAAUCUUGGUGAUGUUUAUCCUGAAAUAAAAAAAAAUAUAACACAGGUACAAAAAAUAAUUGAUCAUGAAAAAGAACUUUUAAUUGCAUUGAGAAAAACAUCUGGUAAAGAGUGGCAAAAAAUUGUAAAAAAUCGUCCAAUAUUAAAAACAAUUAGUGAACAAUAUGCUCCUGGACUUGUACCGGGUUAUAAACUUUUACAAUCUGAAAUUUUAAAUAAUAAAAUUAAUAAAAUAUCAGGUGAAUUGGCAUUUAUACUUUAUGAUAGACAUGGUCUUGAUUUGGAGACAACAAGUGAGCUUGCUAAAGUUGAAGGUCUUGCUGUUGAUGUCAAUGAGUAUCACAAUUAUAUGGAAAAGGUUAAAGUGCGUUCAAGAAUUGGUCUAACACAAGUUGAUGAAUCAUUUAUAUCUCAAGAGACUUUGAGUGUUUUAAAAUCUCGUGUUGAACCGACUGAUGAUUCUCACAAAUAUAAUUAUAGCUUUGAAAAUAAUCAGCAUCAAUUUCCAAGGCUAGAAACAAAAAUUACUGGAAUUAUUGUUAAUGGUAAUUUAAUUGAAGGAAAUUCAUUGCAAUUGGAAAAACAAAAUUUAAAAAAUCUUCAUGUUGGUAUUGUGUUAGAAAAAACAUCAAUGUAUGCACCAGAAGGUGGACAACAAUCAGACUGUGGUAAAAUUCAAAUUAAAAAUAUUUCUAUUGACAUUAAAAAAGUUAUAAAAAUUCAAGAUAUUGUAAUCCACUUUGGCAGUAUUGAUCCAUCAUCUUUGAUUGAUGAAAAAGAAACAUUAAACAUUGGAGACAAUGCAAUAGUUAAUUUAAAUGAAGAAAAAAGAGUUGGUUUGAUGAGACAUCAUACUGCAACUCAUUUACUAAAUGCAGCACUGAGAAAAAUAUAUCCAGCAAUUGCACAACGUGGUAGUGUUGUCAAGGAUGAACAUUUAGUAUUUAUCUUCAAUGGAUUUGGUAUUAAAAUAACCCAAAAUGACGUUGAAUUAUUAGAAAAAAUUAUCAAUGAUGCUAUUAAUUCUAGACUUUCUAUUGUCACCAAAGAAAUAAAUGGAAUUGAGUUGAUGGGAGAUAUGGAUUUAACACUUGUUCCUGGAGAAAAUUAUCCAUCUAAUGGUAUAAGAAUUGUUGAAAUUGAAGGACCAGAACUCAAGUCUAGAGAAGCUUGCUGUGGAACACAUCUACUUAACACAAGUGCUCUUGAAUAUUUUAAAAUAACAGAAGUAAAUACAAAAGGUCCAUCAAGUAGAAUAAUAAAAGCUGUUGCUGGAUCAAAAGCAAAAGAUCUCAAAUCAGCAUCGAAUAAUCUUCAAAAAUCAUUUAUGAAUUCUGAAAAUUUAAAAUCACAUAAUACAAGAGAAAUGGUUAAAGCAUUUAUUCAUUUAGAAAUGGAAAAUGCUAUUAAAACAAACAAAGAUCCAUAUCUUGUUCAUUGUAUUAAAUUAAAUAAUAUGGAAGUUGAAAGUAUUCCUCUGCAAAUUGCAAUUGAUUAUUCAAUAAAUUCACCAGUAUUUUUAAUUGUUAAAAAUAACAGAAAACUUAAAGCUAGAUGUUUUGUACCAAAGGAAUUUAUAACAGAUAAAUUUAAUGCUAAAUUAUGGAUGGAACAUGUUAGUCCAAUAAUAAAAUCAAAAAUUGGAUCAUUUAAUGAUGAAAAUCCUCUUGAAAUAAGUCACACAAGAGUUGUUAAAUUAUCACGUGAAGAACUUGAUGAUUUAUCAAAAAAAGCAAUUGAAAAAGCUCAAUAUUUUGUGUCAAAUAAUUUUGUAAAAAUAUAAUCAGAAUGUUUUGAGUGCUUGCCACUGGGCUGUAUGAAGAAGAAUAUGUUCUCGUUUACUUUUCAUAAAAUCAACAGCUUCUGAAGGUGUCCAGCCAUGUUUCUAAAUGAAUAAAAAU